AGCGAAUCAAGCGGCCCGGGGGGGGCGGGUCCUCCACUCGGCCCUGCGGAGCGUCGCUGCUGCUGCGGCCGGUGCAGUCCUCCCCUCGCCCCGCAGCACCGGCAUGCAACACCCGCCGCCCGGCCAGCAUGCAGGCGGACGACACGGAGCUGCUCCCGGACCAGGGCGAGCGGCAGCGGGCGCGGGGCAAGGAUGCCUUCAAGGACCCGCACAAGGAGUCGGAGGAACCGAACUUCUACAGGGCCGAGAUGAGUCCCCGGCUCGGGAGCUCCAUGGAGUCUCCAAACCUGGAGUUUGAGUACGGAGACACGGACACGCUCACUGCCGAGCUGUCAGAGCUCUACAGCUACACGGAGGAGCCAGAGUUUGCCCUGAACAGAGACUACUUUGAGGAGGACUUCAGGAGCCAUGUGGCCCGAGGCCGGAGGUGGACGGAGCUGGCGCUGGAGGAGCAGAAGGCGUACGUCAUGCGGCUGCUGGACGCGCUGGAGGUGACGGACAGGGACAAGCGGCUGAAAGUGGCCAGAGCCAUCCUGUACCUGGCUCAGGGAGUGUUUGAUGAGUGUGACACGGAGGUGGAUGUGCUCCACUGGUCCCGACACAACAUCUUCCUGCUCUACGACAUGGGCAUCUUCACGGCGCUGCUGGAGCUGCUCAGCAUGGAGAUCGAUAACAGCCAAGCGUGCAGCAGUGCGGUGAGGAAGCCUGCCAUCUCUCUGGCAGACAGCACAGAACUCAGAGUGUUAUUGAGCAUCAUGUACCUGAUGGUGGAGACCGUCAGAGUUCAAACAGAGGACGACCGGCCGGAGUGGAAAGCGGCCCGGGAGACCUUCAAGAGCGAGCUAGGGUCGCCCAUGUACGGCGGAGAGCCCUUCGCUCUGCUCCUCUUCACCAUGGUGACCAAGUUCUGCAGCAUGAACGCACCGCACUUCCCCAUGAAGAAAGUCCUGCUGCUGCUGUGGAAAACUAUCCUGUUCACGCUGGGGGGUUUCGAGGAGCUCCAGCAGAUGAAGGUGCGAGGGCGGGAGCGCCUGGGCCUGCCCUGCCUCCCGGAGGACAGCAUCAAGGUGGUGCGAGCCAUGAGAGCAGCCUCGCCGCCGGCCUCCGCCAUGGAGCUCAUCGAGCAGCAGCAGCAGCAGAAGAGAGGCCGCCGCAGCCGGAGGCCCCUCGUCAAGCAGGACAGCCUGGACACUUACAACGAGCGGGACCCCUUCAAGAACGACGACGCCCGGGACGAGGAGGAGGACCCGGAGGACACGGACAGCGGCAUCGAGGGGGAGGUGGACCCCCUGGACCGUGAUGUCAUCAUCCAGCCGCCGCCGCCGCCCCCUCCGCUGAAGCCGCCGGCAGAGAGGGUCAACUUCCCCAAAGGUCUCCCCUGGGCUCCCAAAGUCAGGGAGAAAGACAUCGAGCACUUCCUGGAGACCAGCAGGAACAAGUUCAUCGGCUUCACUCUGGGGAAUGACACGGAGACGCUGGUGGGCUUGCCCCGCCCCAUCCACGAGAGCGUCAAGACCCUCAAACAGCACAAAUAUGUUUCCAUUGCCGAGGUGCAGAUCAAGCGGGAGGACGAACUGCAGCAGUGUCCGAUGACUCUGGGUGAGGAGGAGGUGGAGGAGACUCCAGCAGAGAUGUUAUAUGUGGGAAUGCUCCCCAAUCUCUCACAAUAUGUGAUUGCCCUGCUGAAACUGCUGUUGGCUGCAGCUCCAACCUCCAAAGCUAAAACAGACUCCAUCAACAUCCUGGCUGACGUGCUGCCUGAAGAGAUGCCUAUCACGGUCCUGCAGAGCAUGAAGCUGGGGAUUGACGUAAACCGUCACAAGGAGAUCAUCGUCAAGGCCAUCUCUGCUCUGCUGCUGCUGCUGCUCAAACACUUCAAACUCAACCACAUCUAUCAGUUCGAGAUCGUCUCCCAGCACCUGGUGUUUGCCAACUGCAUCCCACUCAUCCUCAAGUUCUUCAACCAGAACAUCAUGUCCUACAUCAGUGCCAAAAACAGUAUAUGUGUACUGGACUUUCCCCACUGUGUGGUCCACGAGAUGCCCGAGCUCACGGCCGAGAGCCUGGAAGCAGGAGACAACAACCAGUUCUGCUGGAGGAACCUGUUCUCUUGUAUUAACCUGCUGAGGAUCCUCAACAAGCUGACCAAGUGGAAACACUCCAGGACCAUGAUGUUGGUGGUUUUCAAGUCAGCCCCCAUCCUGAAGAGAGCCCUGAAGGUGAAGCAGGCCAUGAUGCAGCUCUACGUUCUCAAGCUGCUGAAGAUCCAGACCAAGUACCUGGGCCGGCAGUGGAGGAAGAGCAACAUGAAGACCAUGUCUGCUAUCUACCAGAAAGUCCGCCACAGGCUCAACGACGACUGGGCUUACGGAAACGACAUCGAUGCCCGGCCCUGGGACUUCCAGGCGGAGGAGUGCGCCCUGCGGGAGAGCAUCGAGAAAUUCAACAGCCGCCGCUACGAGAAGAACCGAAACGGAGACUUUGCGCCGGUGGACAACUGCCUGCAGAGCGUGCUGGGCCAGCGCGUGGAGCUGCCCGAGGACUUCCACUACAGCUACGAGAUGUGGCUGGAGAGGGAGGUCUUCUCCCAGCCCAUCCAGUGGGAGGGGCUGCUCCAGCACCCGUAG